GGAUUGAAGGAGGAGUGUGCGGCCGGUUGGGACGCCGGGUCUGGCUGCUGCUGCUGCUGCUGCUGCUGGCGUUGCCGCAAAAGGGUCGUAAAUUGAGGGUCGUAAACGUCGUAAACUUCGAGACGACAAUGUGCCUGAUGACGGGCGCUGCGCCUGGUCGGGGCUUCAACGUAACUCGACGAAGCAGCUCUUGCCUGGACCCCGCCGAAGUGGAAUCAAAGAAUGUGGAUAAUGUAAAGAAUUGAAGGAACGGAGCAAGAACGAAAAAAAUAAUAAAAACCGAGCAGGAGGGAAAAGGGUGCCCGUCUCGCUGUCCUGUGGCUGGUCGAACUGGGGGCAGAGGUGAGGCGAUUUAAUUGGGAUGGCUGGACGAGUCGCUGCUGAGCUGGAGCUCGCGCGACAGACACCACCACGUCCGCACGGUCAUAGAGGAGGUGCAAUUGAGCACCGUGCUCUGUCCUCCGUCGAAACAGGACUGGUCCCUCGCGUUGUGACACGUCCGGAGGGCCUUCCCGUACGCUGGAGAGAGGCGAGGAGAGGGUCAAGGAGAAGAGGAGGAGGAGGAGGAGGAGGCGCACAAAACGAACGGGACGGCGGAGUUGACUCGGCGCCCACUUCGGAUGGGCAUUCGAGACGGUUGGAGGGUCUACAAAUUAUUGAGGAAUGGGUGUUUUACGAUAAAAACGAUGGAAAAAAAAUUGGUGGUACUACUGUGGGCUACGAAAUUGCUGUUCGAUGGUUAAUGGUCACUGUUGGUGCUGGUCAAUACAGAGUCACAGACGCGCUCUCAGUCCAACUGCCCGACUGUGACGAAAUAGUGGAUAAAAUGUAUAGUGACUUGUGGAUCAGGUAUAGAGUACAGACAGAUGCAGAGAGACGGCUAUUGUUUGCUCAGUUCACUAAUAGACCUGGAAACUGUGGUUCAGGGCCCAUUAACGGUCAGACACCCAUGAUUUGCGAGAUCAGAUCUCAGAUGAUCGAAGUCGACGGUGUCACUGUACAUAUAGAGAAACAGUAAGAGGGCUUGGUCAUAUUCCUAUGUAGUAGUGACGCCUAACGCCGAUCGUGCGUUGGCUGACAGGAGACCAGCACAUCUACUGAGCU